AUGGAUGAAGAAGGGUACGAUGGAAGAGGGAGUGGUGGAUCAGAUAGCCAAGAGAAGGACGAGCAUAUUAAUAAUGGCGGGGGAAGUCUAGAAGAAGAAGAAGGAGAGGUUACUACCGGUACCACGGAUGACAAUGACGCUCGUGAGAGUGCUCAAGAUCAGAUUGGUACUACUAGUAGUGAGACUAGCACUAGUGAAGCUUGUACGGACAAUGGAAGCAGACAAGAAGCUGAAGAUACUGUUAGGAAGGAAAAGACUACGGCUGCUGAAGAGGCUGAACAAGGGAGCGACAAGACUACGCAAGAAUCAGCUGCUACUAGUACGUUUACUGAACAACGACAAGGGGAUGACUUGCAGAAAUUCGCAGCCAUUCCGACUCGACACUCUCUGGGCAAGAGACAAGGUCUGCCUGCUGUAACCGUAGACAAUGAAAAGGAACGAAAGUUUGCGGCCAUUCCCACCAACCCUUCACUGGGACAACGUCGCAGCAGUGCGGCAUCCUCGAUUGCCACCAGCAGUAACAGCAGUCAACCGGGAGCCUUUGCCAUGGAUGGAUUCUCUAAACCAGAAACCUUGGCUCCUUCAGUUCUCACUGUAGUGGAACAAAUGCAGUUUGCCAAGGCCACCACCACAAACACCACUGCUGUAACUGCAACCACAUCAGAUGAAACCGACAAUCAUCACGACGAGGAACAGCAGGACAGCAAUAACGAUGUGACAAAUCAUACUAAUGAUGAGCAAGAACCUCAGACCAUGCAACACCCCACGACGACGACAACCAUGCACGCCACCUCAAACCAAAAUACUUCUAGUCAGGAACCCUCUCCUCCUCCACAACAAGAGCCAACACACGCAGAGGAAGCACAAGAAGGUGCACCCAUGGUCGUGGCCGAACUGGUCGACCCACCGGUCGAAGCUGUACAAGUCAUUUUUGAUGAAGGGACAGCACAGUUGCAAAUGAUGGAUGAGGAACCAGCAACCCACCACAUUAGCACCAGCAGCAACCACCGAAAGAGCACAAGGGGAUGGUGGAUUACUCUGGUGGCAGUGCUGGUCAUUGUGGUCCUUCUGUGCAUCGUUAUUGUACCACGAGCCCUGAAAGAGGAUAACGAUGAUGAUGCACCACCAGCACAACAACAGCAAAAUGAAUUGGAAGAAUCUUCCAACAAUAUUACUGGACCCCCAGUAGUACCACCAAUCAAUAUCACAUAUCCCUACGAAUGCUUCCGGAGUACCAUGGACUUGUUUCGAGCGCAACUGAAUCGACCCAAUCAGACACGAUUCAUCCUCUGUCCAUUUACCACUAUCCGCAUUGGUGUACUGGCCGAUCCAACAGAAAUGAUACACUCAUCAAACACGGGGAUGUACCACUCAUGUUUCAACGCAGCAACGUCAAGUCUGGAACUCUUUGCCGCAGAGGAUACCACAAAUAACAUUACCAUUCGGGGUAUUACAUUUACAGGGGAAUUGAUCCAUGACCCCCUCUCGGAAAGUUCGUCUGUGGUUCUCAGCAAUAAAGGAAAGAACAUUUCAUUUGUGGAUUGUUUGUGGCAAGACAUGAUCGCCGGGAGAGGCCUGGUCUUUGCCGGCAACAAUCUGUACCAGGAGCAUGCGGGAUUGAAACUGGUGACACCGCGGUCGGUAGAGUUUACGUUUGACAACUGCACCUUUCGAAACAUUACCUACAAUGAGAGAAUGAUUGCCAUUCAUAGUCAAAGUUUGACUCUGAAACGGUGUCGAUUUGAAGACAUCCAGCUCCAGGAUGCCAUUACCUUCUGCGAAGAACACGGGGGUGGCGCUUAUUACUGCCACGGGCUACUCUACUGUGAAGGGGGAAGCGAAUGCGCCUUGCACGACAUUUGCAUUCGCAACCUGGAAUUUGUGGGCUUGGCAGCAAUACUUGUGGCAACUGUGGAUUCCAAGCUGUCGUUUUCGGGAAGCUACAGCAUCGAGGGGAUCACGGAACGCGAUACCGGGAUUUUCGAGGAGGAACGGGUCUGUGAAUCUGGAUUUAGUCGUUAUUGGGCAGACUACGAUGGUGACAAUUAUGCUACCCCUCUACCUAUUGGUUGCAUCGACCAAAAAGUUUUGGAUGCAAAGUGGACACGCGCGCCAAGAAGAACCUGUAUGCUCGACAGUUCUGCAGAGGGAGCAAACCAAUCUGUCAAUCAUACCGCCGUUGGCUAUGACUGCUAUUCCAGUACAACAGAUCUCGUGCUGGACCACUACCUGAAUCCAGAGCAGGAUCUUUUCAUCAUUUGCCCAAAUACAACAAUCACAAUUGGAAUCAUGGCGAACCCAGUUUUGGGAGAUUUUAAUGUCGUCAAUGGGGACUUCGCUCUGACCCUUUUCCGCCCAAAUGUCGAAGUGCGAUGUGGACUGGAUGGUGCUGUGGAAAAUCGUUGCAUCUUGGACGGUGGUUUCAUUCAGGUUACGACCGUUUCUCAGAUUACGACGGAACUUGGGAUUGAAUCGACCGACAACGUAACCAUCCGAGGCCUGACGUUCACCGGGCAGAUCAUGGCCGAUGGGACUUUUGGUGGUGCUUCUGCAAUCUUCAGCAGCCCUGGAGCCAACCAGCGGAUAGUGAAUUGCCUGUGGGAGAAUUGUACCGCUCCACAUGGUUUGAUCUAUGUUGGGAGCAACGUUGCUCAAUAUCUCUCGAGCGAAGGCUUGCUCAAACCCGGUGGUGUUGAUCUGAUCAUCUCCAACAGCACCUUUCGAAACAUCCACUACGAUGGACCCAUCAUGAAUGCCUGGAAACAAAACUUGACCGUGACAAGAGCCCGGUUCGAGAAUAUCAGGCUCUUGGAACUAUCAGGCUUUUGCCCAAGGCGUGGGGUGGGUCAUUGCCAAAGUUUGAUGGUCUGUGAUGAUAUGGCGACCUGUCGCUUGGGAGAUGUCUGUGUGGAUGGCCUAGACUUUGCGGGGUUGGCACCCUUAAUCUUGGCUACACGCGAUACAACAGUGGAGCUCCCUGGCUUUCAUUACAUCAAUGACACUAGAAAGAGGGGUCCACCGGAGCAAUGUGCCACCUCCAACCUGGCGUGGAUUGACUAUGACGGUGGAGAGUCAUCUUGCUUCGACGAGGAAGCCGAAAUAGGUUUGAACCUUGUGGAUGCUUGUUUGCUGGACUGA